AUGAUCUCGGAACAGCUCAAUAACACAUGGAUCCUACGCUAUAUUCCAGCUAGCAUCAGACAGAGAGAUACUUGGUCAUGUUCUUGUGAUUCAGAAGAUCCUUGUUGGAUACCGUUGGGCUUCUAUUCCUAUUCAUCUUCAUAUGUACAAACGGAUCCCGUACCACAUGGAAAUAUUGCUGGUUUCAACCUUGGUUGUCAAUUUUUGGAUUUUGCUUUUUCCACACUGGAAUGUUUUUACAGUGCAUCAUGCAUUCAGGUGCUGAUCGAUUCGCGUCUUUUGGGUUAUGAAAAUGUCUAUUUACCAGUUGAUUUGGGUAAUAUAAAGGCACUUGAUCGAAACGGUAGAGGCAAUUUUGAACCUUUUUAUCCACUCAGUUAUAUGGUGCAAAUGGCUUUUAUUGAUCAAUGGAUGUAUACGGCAGAUUAUGCAUCUUACUAUGCUUCAUGUCAGCCAGAUAAGUGUACCUACACGAUCGAUCAGAAAUUGCGUCCGAUUGCUCUUGUUAACUCAGUUAUUGGUCUCAUUGGAGGACUGACUGUUCUACUUCGUCUCCUUGUUCCAUCAUUGAUCAAAAUUAUUCACCAGAUUUAUUGUUUGUUACAUCGUCGAACACUAGGUAACAAACUUUAUUCUUCGAUUAUUCAAGUAUCAUGA